CUCUAUUGUGUCUACCCCCUAGAAAAAAAAGCUAUUCAAUUCAAUCAAGCAUUUUUUUUCAUGACAAUUCAAAGCGUUUUGUUUCCAUUAAUGCACACAGAAAAUCGGAAAUAUAAAAUAUAUAUAGUGUUUCGAAUGAGUGGCGCGAAACGGCUCAAUUUAAAUUAACCGAAACAAAUGAAAAUCUCAAACAGUGCCGCACAGAGAAUAGCUAAAAAUUGAAAAAAUGUCGAUUUAUCAUCAGUCGUCGAACAAAACGGGAGUAAAACGGCCAUUUAUUUGAUUACAAUAGACUAGAUAAAAACAUUCCCAUGAAUAUGGUUGCGAUGAGAACGUAUUGGUUGCCGAAUCAGUACAGUCGUAAUCGUCAGCAGCAAUACAGCAACAACGAGAAUCGAACAAACGACAAAGGAUGUGUCUGUAGAUGUGUAUGUGUGCGUGCGUGUGUGUAUGUGUGUACCACUUUGCUAUGAACGUACUCAUGAGUAUGACGAUGCCUUGAUGUAUGUAUGUUUGGGUGCGAAUACAAUGAAUUUCGCAUGUUGGUGACAUUGUCAUGGCCGAUGAAAAUAAUAGUCAUACAAUCGUAUCGCAGUAAAUAAUGACAGAAUUUACAGCGUUUCACAUUUUUAGAAUGCGAAGAAUUUUAAUGAUUUAUCACAAAAAUUAGUCUGCCAUACAGUGUGAAUUAGAAUUUUGUGUUGUUUCAUUUAAAAACUAAAUAAGCCGCAUCUACUUUUCGCAUUCAUUUAUUUUUUACAAUAAAUAUUAAACUGUAUUCAAGUGGAGUGCAUGUGUGUGUAUGUGAAGAAAAAAAAACGAGAAAAAGUCCUGUGCAAAAAUUCAAUAAAAUUGCGAAUACAAAUUGUGUAUUAAGAGCGAACUAUUUUCUCGGUUCGAUAAAUCAUUUGCAUAUAAUCAUCUGAAUACGUGAAAUGUGAAACGACGUGUAAAUUCGUCAUUACGAAUAAGAAGAGAACGAAAAGAACGAACAUGCACUAAAUUUUCAAUAAUAAUAGCAAUCAAACGAAAACAGACGUCCGAUGCUUGUUUUGUUUAUAAAAGAGAAAGAGUGAAUUAAGAAAGAUAGCGAUAGUGACAUGAUAUCACUGACGAUGACCAUUAUGCUUUGUGUAUUUCUUAAUCACUCAUAUUUAUUGUGAAUUGAUAGUGAAAAAAAUAGACAAGAUAAAAUUCCGCGGUGAAGUAUUUUGAUUGUAGCAAGUGCAAGCGGACAUUAAAUUUGUUUUUUUAAUGGAUGUAAUAUAAAUGAAAUGAACUUAUUAUUAGAUAACAGCCGCCGCAUAUGACGACAAUGCGAUAGAGAGAAGAAAAAAAAUAAAUAGAAAGAGCCGGACGUAUACGCAAUAAUUGAUUAGCAGACAAACCGAUAUGGUUUGGGUUUCUGUGUGCACAUGAUGUGGUUCUUGAAAUAUAAUCAGCAGCAAUUGUUCUAUGAAAUAUGAAAUAUGAAAUGAGAGAGAGAGAGAGAGAGAGACAAGGAAGAAAAAAACCACCACACAAACUAAUAACUGGGUUGUUUUUUUUAAAUUUGGUGUUCAAUCUAAACAAUGCAAUGUCUAUUGACGCCAUUAGUCGAAUUUUGUAAAUAAACCAAAGCAUCAAAAUCCACGAAGAAUAAUAAAUGCAAUCAACAAAUCUAGUCAAGAAGUAAAACAUUAUUUGAAACCAAACUAAAACAAAGAUGUCAUCUGGAAAGGAUCAACAAAAAGCCCGCGGCAAUAAAGUGGCCCAUGGUUGGGAAGAGGCCGGUGGUGAAUUUUAUCAAGAAUCAUUUCCAACCGAUUUGGAUGGUGCUGUUAUUACACGAGAUCCCACAGCUCUUGCCACAUUAUUACCAUCGAAACAGAAUCGUGCUGCAACAACGAAACGAGUUCGACGUGACCGAACGGCAGCUGGUACAAGUAAGCAAAGUGGCGGAAAUACAGCCGCCGACCGAUGUACAAAUCGAAAACAUAGUAUAUCAACAUCACGACAACAUCACUCAUCUAUAAGACGCGGAUCUCAAUUUCAUGAAGUUCACAUUGCUAUGCUCCCCGAUUUAUCGGAGAAUCUGACGGAUGAGGAGCGUAUAUGGGAAGAAAUUCAUGAAAUAAAAUCGAUGCCAGUGUCAAUGGCACAAAAACGUGAUAUGAAGGCUCAAUUACAGAAUGCGACAAAACUGCGUUUGCAGGGUUUUGAUCAAUUUAAAUGGCAACGACGAAAAGUGUGCCAACAAUUUCAUGCCAAAUGGUCCGAAUGGUGGAUGAAAAUGGCACUAUGGCGUAAUUCAUUAAAAACGAUCGAAGGCAAUUGUGGCACUGGAGUGGUUGCCUAUUUUCAUUUUUUACGUUGGUUGAUCUGUUUAAAUUUAAGUAUUUUUAUUUUAAUUUUAUUAUUUAUUGUAUUGCCACAAAUAAUUUUAAGUCCAACAUAUGAUGGCGAACAGUUAAUUGAUGCAUGCAACAUUGAACGAAAUUCAACCGAAUGUUGUUUUUACGAAUAUUAUACAAAAAAAUCAUACAGUGACGUUAUUGUAUGGGAUUUGAUUCAGGGAAAACGAUUUAUGGAAAAAACAAUCAUGUUCUAUGGCAUGUAUGCGAAAAAAGUGUUCGGCACCAGCAUUUUGCCAAUGGACAAUGGUUAUGUGCCACAAAAAAAUGUCACAUCAUCAAAUACAUUUGUAGAUACUCAAUUCAUUGACGAUGAAUCCAUCAAUAGUAAUUAUACAAUUGGCGGCGAACAAUCGUCGUCGAUACCGUUACCAUCAUUUCUGUUCUCAUCAUCAUCAUCAUCAUCGAUAAAUCCGUCAACGGAAUCGAAUGGAAUUCUGGAUCUCAAAAAAUUGCAAUUUUAUUAUAAUUUGCCAUUGGCCUAUCUUAGUGUCAAUGUUGUAUUUCUAUUGAUGUCACUGAUUGCCAUCGUUAAAUCGGUGUCACGUGAAUUUAAAGAUCGUAUGGUCGAGGGUGAGGGACAAUUUUAUCAGUAUUGCAAUUUAGUAUUUGGCGGAUGGGAUUUUUGUAUUCAUAAUCAAAAAUCGGCGCACAUCAAGCACAAAGCAUUAUUAAAUGAGAUAAAAGGACUUUUACAAUCCAAACGCAUGGAAUUGGAACGAUGUAAUCGUCCAAAAGAUUUAAUGUUCAAACUCAUUAUGAUUCGUUUGCUUGUGAAUUUAAUUGUAUGCGUUAUUCUACUGGCGGCCGCUUGGAUCAUUUUCGAAUCGAUUAAUUACAGUGUAAAAGCAUAUGAUCAUGCUGCCACAAAUCUGUAUCAAAGCGGUGGCAGCACCAGCAGCACCAGCUAUAGCAAUAUUGAAAAUGGCAACGAAUCAUCCGAAGAUGAUGAUGAAAAUAAGGAUAACCACCGUUUAUAUACACUACUAUAUGAUUUAUUUAUUGAAUUUUUGCCAUACAUAACAAUUGUAUGUAUGAAUUUUUUGGUGCCAUUAUUAUUUAAUUAUCUUGUGCAAUUUGAACAGUAUUCACCGAUGUUUGUCAUCAAAAUUACAUUAUUACGUACGGUUUUUUUGCGUUUGUCAUCGCUUGGCGUAUUGUUAAGCCGUUUCCAUUAUUUGAUAACAAAAAAAUUUCGACAAGACAAUGGCCAAUGCAAUUCCGAUUACGGUCCAUUACAAUGUUGGGAAACAUUUGUCGGUCAACAAUUUUAUAAAUUAUUGGUGGUUGAUUUUGUGACACAUGUAUUUGUUACAUUAUUUAUAAAUUUUCCACGAGCAAUGCUUGCCCGUCAUAUAAACAGUCGUUUCACCCGUUUCAUUGGCGAACAAGAAUUUGAAUUAUCAAAACAUGUGCUCGAUAUUGUUUAUUCGCAAACAAUUUGUUGGCUUGGUACAUUUUAUUCACCAUUUAUUCCGGCCACCGCUGUUGUAUUACAUUUUGGUAUGUUUUAUGUGAAAAAAUUUGCAUGUCUUAUCAAUUCAAAGCCAUCGGCCAUACUUUAUCGUGCAUCACGUUCGAAUUCAUUGUUUAUGUUGGUGCUACUUUUAUCAUAUGUAUUGGCCGUGAUACCAAUUGUGUAUGCGGCUGCCGAAAUAAUGCCAUCACGACCAUGUGGACCGUUUCGUGGUUUGAAUUCGGUAUGGGAUGAAGCGAUAAAUGCAUUCCGUGAAUUACCGCUGUAUUUACAGAAAAUUAUUUUCUUUUUUGGCACCGCCACAUUUGCCGUUCCAUGUUUUGUCAUUUUGAUUUUAUGCUUAUAUUAUUAUUAUGCUGUUUCAGCAGCAAAUAAGCAUAUGGUUGAAAUGUUAAAGAAUCAACUGGUGCUCGAAGGACAUGACAAACAAUUUCUAUUGAAUCGGUUAAGCUCGUUUUUGAAGCAACAACAAGACUAUCAGAAAAAAAUGGAACACAAUUCAUCGAUUCCACCACAACCGCCACCACGAGAACCGAUUGUCAAUCAAUAACGUUAAAUCGACUUUUAUUUUUCUUUUCUUUUUUUUUUAAAUAUAUACAGUUUAACUGUCUCUCUAUCCAUUAUUAUGUCCAUUCACAGACGAUAAACGAAAGAAAAAAAAACUGACUGAUUACACACACUUUUUUAGUUUCUAUAUUCUUAGAUGAUAAUCCCAAGUCUUAUUUAAUGAGAACUGAAGUAUUACAAAUGAAUAUCUUAAACCAACCACAUUUUCAACGGUAUAAAUUUCCCCCCAUUUUCCCUCCCUUAUCAAUAAAAUAAUGUACUAUGUAUCACUAAUUAUAGAAAUAGUGUUCAUUUCAUACCAAAUUUAAGAUUUACACAAAAUUAACCAAAAUAUAUCCAACUAACACUUUGUACAUGAAUAAUCGCGCGCAAAAAAAGAAGAAAAUAACAACACCAAUAAAAUAGACCGUUUUGUUUAUACAUUGAAAUCCAUAAAAAAAUUUGAAAUACCAUAAUAUUGAAACAAAAAUCAAUUUUAUCAUUGUAAGACUCUUUAUUAUGAAAUAAAAUCUAGUAAAUAAACAUCAUUCGAAUGCUAAAA